ACAAUUGAUUUUUAACGGUCCGGAAAGAGAAAAGUUUAAUGAUCCUUUGAGAGACGCACUAGGUGUCCAAAACCGAAUAAUAACAACGAUUAAUUAAAAUACGCUGACGAAUGCCGUACGCACAUUUGGGUCGCUGUAUAUAAGGCGAAGUUAUCUUACGGAAACGAUCACAUGUUUUCGCGCUGUAGAUGGUUGAGCACCGAAGCUCUAAACAUGAUACGUAUCAAUAAAUUUACCCUGGUAUUGGUGAUGGUGUGUUCGUGUUACGUGACCAGUAUCAAGCUGGACGAGCUCAAGAACGAUAAAAACCUGUUAUAUCAGAAUCUAUUUAAACCAGAUCAGUUAGGCAAGUCCGUCGGUGGCAGCGGCAGCGGUGUGGCAACCACAAGGGCUGCGACCAGACCUGCAUCCGGAGACCGCGAUGGUACUCCUGGACCGAUGGCUAAGCACGCCGUCAACAAACCAUCAGCGGACGGAGAAGAGACGACGAAAACGAGAGCUGUACAGACGGACGCACAGCCGAGCGCCCUCAAGAGUACGAUGAGCGAAAAACGGGCGGAGAAAUGUAAGGAAAAGUGUCCGGCAAACAUCAAAGAGUGUUGCCGUAACGCUAUAGCAGAAAAAAGCUGCCACAAUGCCACCGAUGACCCUGUAUCAUAUUUUGUUAACCCUAGCUAUCCCAACGAAGAUUGGGACUCUUCUUUUUGUGACUUCCGAGUGGACAUCAAGAACAGAAAUGUGUGUCAACUAAGAUUGGACUUGGAAGAGUUUUCAUUGAGAGGACCACACAAGUACUUGGGCAGUUGUCGACAAGACCGUUUAAUCAUAUCUACUACAUUGCCGAAUGGCAUUGGAAUAACCGAAUUGUGCGGAAAUAACACCGGUCAACACUUGUAUUUCCCGGUAGACCCUAAAGCUGGUGGCUCGUCUGUAGCACUCAUGAUGAUGACAUCACAGUCAUCCAGAUAUUCAUGGAAGGUGCGUAUCACCCAAAUCGACUGCAUUUCCGAUCCUCAGUCCGUCGCGCCUACCGGAUGUCUACAAUACCAUACCAGCCUCAGCGGCACCAUACAGAGCUUCAACUACGCAGGCGGUAUGUACCAAUCAGGACUUGACUACGCGGUGUGCAUCAAACGGUCGGUGAACACUUGUCGGGUCGAAUUCCAGCAGGUGCCCGGCUCUACGUUCGGUAUCAACUCUAUGGAAGGACCGUCGCUCGAAGAAGGCAUUGGACGGGCGGGUGAAGUGAGUUGCGAUCUAGUUACUCACGACUACUUGCACAUUCCUGGAGGUAUGUUGGAUAUAGGCGAAGAGAUAUUAGCGGCUACUGGCAAUGUCGAGGUGUAUACGCCGACGGCAGAAAAAUUCUGUGGCCGAAGUUUGUCCGGCCUGGCCAUUCAAGAGUUUGCGGAAAAAAUCAAAGUAAACGACCCGCUGGGAGCACAGGAUAACAACACGAUCGCUACACCAGUAACGUCUUAUGCAUCUGGACCAAUCAUAGUCAGAUUCCAUACUGACAGUGUAACUGUUAAAGAAAGAGACAUUGGAUUUUCGAUCGCCUAUCAACAACUCGGUACCGGCUGCAACAAGAAUAAAAUCAGACGAUAAUUUCCGAGUUCCUCUCUUGAUAGCGUGUUCAAAAUAUAAUAAUUUAUUGAUGAUCAGACAUAAUCUAAUAUCCGUGUAUAUAUAAUCAUUAUAAUUUAUAAUAAUUUA